AUGUAUUACUUUUGUAGGAGAUGGCAGUUCAUCAGCAUCCUCUUGGGAGAUGAUCUGUUCAAUUCCAACGCCUACAAGGUCAUUUCCAGCAGUAUCAAAGUUGUGAUUGAUAUCGGAAAGUCGGCAUUUAUUGUUGGAAGGAACAUUGACAGAAGUUCCAGCUCCCAGGGUCCACCAAGAAUGCAACAAGUCGAACCUAUCAAAUAA